AUGGCUUCCACCAACCAAAAACACUGUGUGUUAGCUCUAUUCUUUCUCCUUGCAAUUGGGAUUUCCCAAGUUAUGUCUCGCAAGCUACAUGAGACAUCCUUGCGAGAAAGACAUGAGCAAUGGAUGACACAAUAUGGGAAAGUCUAUAAAGAUGCUAUGGAGAAGGAAAAACGUUACUUGAUAUUCAAAGACAAUGUGGAGUUCAUUGAAGCAUUUAAUGCUAAUGGUGACAAAUCUUAUAAGCUCGGUAUUAAUCACCUUGCUGACCUUACAAUUCAGGAAUUUAAGGCUGCACGUAAUGGAUUGAAGAGACCUCUUCAGCUUAGCGCAACAACAUUUAAGUAUGAAAAUGUUAAUAUUGUUUCUGCAGCUAUAGAUUGGAGGAAAAAAGGAGCUGUUACUCCAAUCAAAGACCAAGGUCAAUGUGGGAGCUGCUGGGCAUUUUCAACUGUGGCUGCAACAGAGGGUAUCCACCAAAUAACAACAGGUAAAUUAGUCUCACUCUCAGAGCAAGAGCUAGUGGAUUGUGACACAAAAGGUGUAGACCAAGGGUGUGAAGGAGGAUACAUGGAAGAUGGGUUUGAAUUCAUUAUAAAAAAUGGUGGAAUCACUAGUGAGGCCAAUUACCCUUACAAGGCAGUUGAUGGGACUUGUAAAACAAGAGCCACUUCAGUAGCUCAAAUUAAGGGGUAUGAAAAAGUUCCAUCUAAUAGUGAGAAGGCACUUCAAAAAGCUGUGGCCAACCAACCAGUUUCAGUUUCUAUUGAUGCAAAUGGUGAAGGUUUCAUGUUUUACUCUAGUGGGAUUUAUAAUGGAGAAUGUGGAACUGAACUAGACCAUGGUGUUACUGCAGUUGGUUAUGGUACAGCUAAUGGAACUGAUUAUUGGCUAAUCAAGAAUUCAUGGGGUACAACAUGGGGUGAACAAGGAUAUGUAAGGAUGAAGAGAGGUGUAGCUUCCAAGGAGGGUUUAUGUGGAAUUGCCAUGGAUUCCUCUUAUCCAACAUCUUAA